AAUUUGAAACUGGAGCACGAGCAGGAGAAAAACAAGAUCUUGUCAGAAGCAUUAGAGACGCUUGCUACCGAACACCAUGAACUAGAGCAGUCGCUGGUGAAGGGAUCUCCGCCUCUCAGCAUCAUCAGUGAAGAGCAGUUCUAUGAUGCUGUUUCAGAUUCGGAAUCUGAAAAAUCAUUAAGUGGGUUUGAAACAACAACAGCCUACUCGUUAGAGGACAGCAUGGAGUCAAAAGAUACCGUAACUUCGAGCGUGUCUGAAGAAAAGGUUUGCGACAGUGGGGAGUCGCUGUCUAACGGAAUCAAAAAACACAGAACAAGCUUGCCGUCUCCGAUGUUUUCCAGAAAUGACUUCAGUAUCUGGAGUAUCCUAAGAAAAUGCAUUGGAAUGGAGUUGUCGAAGAUCACAAUGCCGGUUAUAUUCAACGAGCCGCUGAGCUUUCUGCAGCGACUGACGGAGUACAUGGAGCAUACGUACCUCAUCCACAAGGCCAGCUCGCUUUCCAGCACGACUGAGCGAAUGCAGUGCGUCGCUGCAUUUGCUGUGUCUGCCGUAGCCUCGCAGUGGGAACGUACAGGGAAGCCGUUCAACCCGUUGCUUGGAGAGACGUACGAAUUGAUCAGAGAUGAUCUUGGAUUUAGACUUCUGUCGGAGCAAGUUAGCCAUCAUCCACCAAUCAGUGCUUUCUAUGCUGAAGGUUUAAAUAAUGAUUUUGUGUUUCACGGAUCAAUUUAUCCGAAACUGAAAUUCUGGGGCAAGAGUGUGGAAGCGGAACCAAAAGGCACAAUGACUUUGGAACUUCUUGAGCACAACGAAGCCUACACGUGGACAAAUCCUACAUGCUGUGUGCACAACAUUAUUGUGGGCAAGCUUUGGAUUGAGCAGUACGGAAAUGUGGAAAUAACUAACCAUAAAACUGGUGAGAAGUGUGUACUAAGCUUCAAGCCCUGCGGCCUCUUUGGGAAGGAGUUGCACAAAGUUGAAGGCUACAUUCAGGACAAAAGCAAAAAGAAGCUCUGUGCGCUCUAUGGGAAGUGGACCGAGUGUUUGUACAGUGUUGACCCGGCUACGUUCGACGCUUACAAAAAAAAUGACAAGAAAAAUGCCGAAGAGAAGAAGAGCAGUAAACAGAUUGAUUUAGUGAGCAAUGCCGAGGAAUCGGAUGAGAUGCCAUUGCCGGAUUCUGAGAGUGUGUAUGUUAUUCCUGGAAGUAUUUUGCUAUGGAAGAUAACGCCGAGGCCUCCAAAUUCGGCACAGAUGUAUAACUUCACUAGCUUUGCUAUGGCUUUGAACGAGUUGGACAAAGACAUGGAGAGUGUCAUUCCCAAAACUGACUGCCGGCUACGACCAGAUAUCAGAGCCAUGGAAAAUGGAGAAAUAGAUCUAGCCAGUGAAGAAAAGAAGAGGCUAGAAGAAAAACAAAGGACUGCCCGCAAAAACCGUUCCAAGUCAGAGGAAGACUGGAAGACGAGAUGGUUCCACCAAGGCCCCAAUCCCUACACUGGUACGCAGGACUGGCUUUAUUCUGGCAACUACUGGGACAGAAACUACUUCAACUUGCCUGAUAUUUAUUAA